AUGCAGAUAGUGGAGCUCAGCGAUUUCACAAUCCGUACUUUCACUCUAAAGAAAGCCAAUAGCAGAAGUGAAAGAACUCUACAUCAGUACCAUUACACAGUAUGGCCAGAUCAUGGUGUCCCUUCUUGUCCUACUUCACUUCUCACGUUUGUUAAGAAGGCGUCUGGUGCUAAUCCAGCAGACGCAGGGCCCAUGGUAAGUUUUCUUGAAGUCUGAGUGGUGUGUAGCUCAGAGUCAGAGAGGAUAAGGGCAGGAAAGGGCCAGUAGCUGUUCUGAAAAAUCAUUAAUUAUCUCAGCCAAUACCACUCUUUUGGACCCCAUGUUACGGCUACCUUGAUUUCAAUUAUGGCGCGUUGUGCACUCAAUCACAUGAGUGUACCUAGCGUUUUUCGGGAGGGAAGCAUUGAAGAAACAAACUAUCAAGCGUGGCAGGCGUGACUUUUAUGGGUGGAAUAGUGGCAUUCCCAAAUCCCCCCUCUGAUAAAUUUUUAUUCCUAGGUGCUUGGAAAUUGAAAUUCGCUCAACCUCUUCAAAAAAUUAAGAAAGGCAUGCAACAUCGUUUAAUAUUUAACCACUCUUUUUCAAGUUGUGAUAACUCCUAAUCGGUGUUCGUUCAAUAGGAGCGACUAGUUUUCAAAUAGUUUGCAAGACAUACCAGCUUAAGAAGGGGAGAUUAAGACAUAAUGUUGGAACGAGAAUGGUUACCCAUGGAAAAUAAUUACCAUGGAAUUCAAAUGAAAAACUGAACUAAAGAGUUAGUGUUAACUGCUCCCAGUUAACAGUCGUUCCUUAUUUCAGGUUGUUCACUGCAGUGCUGGGGUUGGCAGAACUGGUACUUUCAUCGUGGUGGAUGCCAUGUUACAAAGUAUUGCUGCAGAGAAAACAGUAGAUGUGUUUGGAUACGUUAUGACAUUACGACGUGACAGAAAUAUCAUGGUCCAGGUGGAGGAGCAAUAUGUUUUUAUUCACGAAGUUCUGUUGGAGGCCAUUCAUUCUGGAUACACUGAGAUACGAGCGAAUGAUCUUAGAUCCCACAUGAAGCUCCUAAUGCAAGUCAGUCCUUCAACUGGUACGUCUUUCCUUCAUCGUUUCUUUAAAUUUGUUUGGCUUUUGCAUUGUCAAAAAGGCUGAGAGUUCGUUACUGAGCAGUAUUUUUGUUAUCGUCAUGCUUGGAAACUAAAAGAUUCUUAAGCGUGGAGUUUCCAGUAAGAUGACGUAUGCUGCAUCGUAACUUUAACAAUAAGAACUAUAACUGGCCUCGGCUUGUCUGAUAGCUCCAUGGUCAACGACUCAUUUACUGGCACUAAACUCUCAGAUGAAAAAAGGAAGCAAUGAUGAAAAUUUCAACUAAACGUCGGUCCGGGGGAAUGCAGAG